GGUGGACCUCAGCGGGCUCUCGGACGCCCCGCCAUGGAGCCCGUGCCGGCGCUGCUGACGCUGCUGACGCUGGUGGUGACGCUGCUGACGCCGACUGAGGCCGCCGGCGCCGAGCUGACGCCGGAGCAGCUGCGCAGCACGGCCAGGGCGCUGGGCGCCGAGUCCCGCCUCCUGUUCGGGUUUCCCACGGGCAGCUCGCUGUCCCUGACCACGUCUCUCAUCACCCCGAUCAUCAGCGAGGGGCCGCUCACCGGGAAGCUGAACGUGACCUGGGUACCGGUGGCAGUACCCCUCGACCAGAGCUCGCGCCAGCUCGAGUACAUCGAGGGCGCCCGAUCGCGCGCCGACGACCUGGUCGAUGUCUACGAUCAGCUGCAAGACGCCAUCGAGGGGUUCGGUCUGCCGGGUCGCCCGUGCCUGCUGAGGACGUUGUGUGAGGCCGCCGGUCGGCGCGGGGACAGUCCUCUGGUGACCAGGGUCCUCCAGCUGCUGAUCGGGCUGCCGGAGGAGGGUCAGAGAGGGGGCGCGGCCGCAGAGCUGACGGAGGAGGCGGCGCGGGCGCGGCGGCUCGGCUCGGCCGACCCCUCCGAGUGCGGCAGCAUCUACCACCUGUGUCCCGGCUCGCUGUUCGACCUGCUGGACGAGGCCGACCUGCUCUGAGUGACUAUCUGGGCUGAAGGCCGAACUGCUCUGAGGGCUGUCCUGCUCUGAGGACUAUCUGCUCUGAGAGCCGACCUGCUCUGAGUGACUAUUUGGGCUGAAGCCCGCUCUGAGUGACGACCUGCUCUGACCCCGAACUGCCCAGAAGGACGCCCUGCCAUGAGGGCCGACCUGCUCUGAGGGCUAAUCUGCUCUGAGGGCUGAUAAGAGAAAAUCCCUGAUUGGCUCAUUAGUGUCUCAAAAGAAUCUGCUCAGAGACUAUAAAUGUUUGGUUAUACAUAUCCUACAUUGUUAGAAAUAUUGUUAUUAGGUUAUAUAUUGUUUGCCAGAACUCUCUCUUGUUGCAACAUAGUUAAGUCCCUGCAAGUCCGAUAUAUUUUCAUUGUAAAGGGUUAAUGAAUAUCAGGAUCUUGACAAUGAAAGGUAUUUGCUUGUUUGGCUAUUACCAAAUCGCUCAGGCUCUUCUGUUGAUAAUAUUAAGUGCAUAAAAGCUCUAUUAGUGAU